CCACUCCGGCUUAACAUCGCCGCACUUCAGACAUGCUGACAACGAGGUAGCAAAUUCACGUUUAGGAAAUGGGAACUCACAACUGUUUAUUUUAAGAGUAGAUAACUGUGGGGCUGGUUUUAAAUCCAGACUUCGACGGAAGUGUUGCUGAGACAUUAAGCUAAGCUACAUGGUAACGUUACCGAGGCUGGAGGAGUCUCUCAGCAGCAGCAGCAGCAGCAGGCAUUGCUGAAUAACUUGCAGCAGAGGAAUAGCUGGCUCUUCUCGGGCUGAGACAAACCUGCGUUACCAAAGAUGGCAUGGUUCAAUCAUGUCAGCCAAGGCUCAAAUCAGCAACAGCAGCAGCAGCCAAUGGACAGUCACAGAUUCACAGCCACAGACACCCUGUGCGGCACUCUCACCUCCAGGCUCAGAGGUCCGACAGAGGGACCACUACACUCCUCUCCCAGCCCAGAGGACUUCCCAUCAGCUCUACGGGGUGUAUCUAGCCCCCCCAGUCUAGAGAAGCUCUCCUGCUCUUCUCCAAGCGCGUGUCAGGAGAGAAAUCUUGAGCCAAUCUCCUAUGUGAGCCUUCAGGAGCAGCGGUGCGUCCUGAGCUGGUUCCAGGGCUGGACCGGCACCCAGCGAGAGCGGUUCAUGCAGGACCUUCUGGGGAAAGCUGUGCCUGGGAAAGUGUGCACCCUCCUAGACUCACUGAGUACACUUCAGGUUAAAGACAGACUACCAAACAUCUUUGAAUGCCAGCUGCGCCUCUGGACCCAGUGGUUCGAGUCUUGGGGAGAAGAGGAGAGGAAUCACUUCCUGCACAUACUGGAGGAGCGGGACCCAGUGUUUGUCGCCCACUUUUACAGGAGUGUAGCCGGGACAGCAGGAAGAGACUGAGCAGUGAUCGCAGCGUGAUGGAAAAGAAACGACAUAUGUUGAAGAGGUGACGUGUAGUGGGAAAUGUGUAUUAGAUCAGAGAUAGCUCUCUUGAGAGAAAUGUUUGUGUAACUGUGAUGGGACUUAUUGUUGAAGGUUAACCAUUUCAUUGUCAGAAGUAUUCACUCAAUAUAAGCUGUUUUUAUUCAGUUUCUCCAGGGCUGCAUCAUACAUCAUAACACAUCUUUUUAUAAAGUUCAGAACCUUUUGUUAAAUGCUCUCAUGGGUUAAGUUCUGCCAUUUAGCUAUCCGAUGGCGUGAACUUGAAAUUAACAGGUUUAACAUCUGCUUGUAAAAACAGAACAAUAAACAAAAUGCAUUGUU